AUGAUUUUGAAAUCUUUUCUACUAGGUAAUCUAGUAUCCUUAUGCAUGAAGAUAAUCAAUUCGGUCGUUGUGGUCGGACUCUAUUAUGGAUUUCUGACCACAUUCUCCAUAGGGCCCUCUUAUCUCUUCCUUCUCCGAGCUCAGGUUAUGGAAGAAGGAGAAGAAGGAACCGAGAAGAAGGUAUCAGCAACAACAGGUUUUAUUACGGGACAGCUCAUGAUGUUCAUAUCGAUCUAUUAUGCGCCUCUGCAUCUAGCAUUGGGUAGACCUCAUACAAUAACUGUACUAGCUCUACCGUAUCUUUUGUUUCAUUUCUUCUGGAAAAAUCACAAAAACUUUUUUGAUUAUGGAUCUACUACCAGAAAUUCAAUGCGUAAUCUCAGCAUUCAAUGCGUAUUCCUGAAUAAUCUCAUUUUUCAAUUAUUCAACCAUUUCAUUUUACCAAGUUCAAUGCUAGCCAGAUUAGUCAACAUUUAUAUGUUUCGAUGCAACAACAAGAUGUUAUUUGUAACAAGCAGUUUUGUUGGUUGGUUAAUUGGUCACAUUUUAUUCAUGAAAUGGGUUGGAUUGGUAUUAGUCUGGAUACGGCAAAAUAAUUCUAUUAGAUCGAAUAAGUACAUUCGAUCUAAUAAGUCAGAAUUGAUAAAUUAUAUGGCUCGAAUAUUUAGUAUUCUCUUAUUUAUUACCUGUGUCUACUAUUUAGGCAGAAUACCGUCACCCAUUUUUACUAAGAAACUGAAUCCACAAACGGAAGAAGGGUGGGAAAGUGAGGAAGAAACAGAUGUAGAAAUAGAAACAGCUUCCGAAACGAAGGGGACUAAACAGGAACAAGAGGGAUCCACCGAAGAAGAUCCUUCUCCUUCCCUUUUUUCGGAAGAAAAGGAGGAUCCGGACAAAAUCGAUGAAACGGAAGAGAUCCGAGUGAAUGGAAAGGAAAAAACAAAGGAUGAAUUCCACUUUACAGAGAUACGCUAUAACAAUAGCCCAGUUUAUAAAGGCCUCUUCUGGUUUGAAAAACCUCUUCUGACCUUUCUUUUCGAUUAUAAACGAUGGAAUCGCCCAUUACGAUACAUAAAAAAUAAUAGAUUUGAAAGGACUACAAGAAAAGAAAUGUCACAAUAUUUUUUUUAUACAUGCCGAAGUGAUGGAAAAGAAAGAAUCUCUUUUACGUAUCCGCCUAGCUUGUCAACUUUUGGAGAAAUGAUACAAAGAAGGAUGUCCCUGCCCACACUAGAAAAACUCUCUUCGGCUGAACUGUACAAUCAUUGGGUUUAUACUAACCAACACAAAAAUAACAACUUAAACAACGAGUUUUUAAAUAGAAUUGAGGCUCUAGAUACGGGAUUUUUUUCUCUAGAUAUACUCGAAAAAAGUACUAGAUUGUGUAAUGAUAAGACUAGAAAAUAUUACUUGCCUAAAAUGUAUGAUCCCAUUUUGAAUGGGUUAUAUCGGGGAACAAUCCAAAAAAAAAUUUCACCUUCAAUCAUAAAUAAAAUUUCGUUAGAAAAUUUCAUAGAGACAUUGGAAAUUAAUAAGAUUCAUAGUCUCCUUCUUCCUGAUACUGAUUACCAAGAAUUUGAACAGAAAAUAGACCAAUUUGAUAAAAAAACCUUUUCAACGGAAAAUCGUCAUUUAUUUACUUUAAUCAGUAAAUUGGAUAGAGAAUCGGGAUCGAGUUUAAAUUAAUAAAAAAAUUAAUAAAAAUUAAUAAUUAAUAAAAGGAUUGCUACAAAAAAGAAAUACAAGAAAAGAUAAGAAGAGAUGCGCCCCCCACCUAUAGAUUUGAUACCUUCACCUAAAAAGAAACUCAAAACACCAACUCCAUUAGUAAUUCCAUCAAUUACUCGUCUAUCAAAAAAAGAAGUUAACUUGGCCAAUCCUCUUAUUCCCCCAAUAAAGAAUCUUGCAUAAAAAGCAUCUAUAUAACCACGAUUAUAUGACCAAUCAUAUAUACCAUUUAUUAUUUUGUCCAAAAGAAUUCUUUUAGGACCUGUUUUAACAAAAGAGUUAAUUAAGUCCCAAUUUUGUAAAGAUGAAUAAACAGGUUUAUAUAAAAAGAAGGCUAUAAAUAUUCCAAAAAUAGCUAUACUAACUGAAAAAAGAGCAUCUUUCAAAAAUUCAUACCAACCUAUAGAAUUAUUCAAAUUUUUAUGUAAAAGGUUUAUAGACGGGGUUAACCAUUUUGAUAAUAUAUCCAAACGCACUCCUUCGUGAUUGAAAGGAAUUCCUAGGGAUCCAACGAACAACGUAAAUAGAACCAAUACAAGUAUAGGAAAUAACAUAGUAUUAUCCGAUUCAUAAGGAUACAAAAAAAACUUCUUAUUUCCAAAACGGGUAAUAGUAAUAAAGGGUUGUGUGAUGUUUCUUGCAUUCUGAUCAAUUUGAUACGUUUUUUUUGAAAAAAAAGAAAAAAUCUCAGGAUUUUUCAUUGUUAAUAAACUAAAAUUUUUGUUAAUUCUUUUUGAAUCUUCUUUACCCCAUAAAGAUAUUGAAUAGAAGGGAGUAUUCUUUUUGCCACUAUAAUUUUGAAAAUGAACGUUUAAAUGUCCUUCAAAAGUAAGUAAAUAGAUUCGAAACAUAUAAAAUGCGGUUAAUCCCGCUGUAAACCAAGCUAUUAUUGCAAAAAUUGGUGAAUAUAACCAAGUAUCAUUAAGAAUUUCAUCUUUGGACCAAAAACAAGCAAGCGGCGGAAUACCACAAAGAGAAAGUGUACCUAAUAAAAAGGAGGUUUUGGUAAUUGGGACAUGCUUUGUUAAACCCCCCAUAAAAACCAUAUUCUGACUUUUAUUUGGAGAAUAGCCAACAAGAGUUUCCAUUGAAUGAAUAACGGAUCCAGAUCCUAAAAAUAAUAAUGCUUUGGAAUAAGCAUGAGUAAUCAAAUGAAAUAAAGCACUUCGAUAAGACCCCAUACCUAGAGCUAACAUCAUAUAACCCAAUUGAGACAUUGUGGAAUAGGCUAAACCUCUCUUAAUGUCUUUUUGAGCAAGGGCAAAAGUUGCUCCGAAUAAUAUUGUUAUUACUCCUACCAAAGAGAUGAAAUUCAUUAUAUGAGGGAUAACUAUGAAAAGAGGAAUAAGCCGAGCUACAAGAAAAAUGCCCGCAGCUACCAUAGUAGCAGCAUGUAUAAGAGCCGAAAUAGGAGUAGGACCCUCCAUGGCAUCCGGUAACCAUACAUGAAGGGGAAAUUGUGCAGAUUUAGCAACUGCACCGGCAAAUAAUAGAACAGCACAGAAAGUAACAAAUAAAAAAUUGACUUCAUUAUUAGAAAUCAAGUUAUUUAAUAUUUUGAACAAAUCUCUAAAUUCGAAACUCCCUGUUAUCCAAUAAAAGCCUAAAAUUCCUAAUAAUAAACCAAAAUCCCCAACACGAUUAGUUACAAAUGCCUUUUGGCAAGCAUUUGCAGCAACAGGCCGUGUGAACCAAAACCCUAUUAAUAGAUAUGAACACAUUCCUACCAAUUCCCAAAAAAUAUAAAUUUGUAUCAAAUUCGAACUAGUAACUAAUCCUAACAUAGAAGUACUGAAAAAACUCAUAUAAGCAAAAAAUCUCAAAUAUCCUUGAUCAUAAGACAUAUAAUUAUCACUAUAAAUAAGAACCAUAAUUCCAAUAGUAGUAAUCAAUAUUGACAUAAUAGAAGUAAGCGGGUCGAUCAAGUAACCGAAUUCUAAAGAAAAAUCAUUAUUUAUGAUCCAAGACCAUACAUAUUGAUAGAUAGAACUUCCAUUUAUUUGCUGAAUAGACAGAUUGAUCGAAAAAAGCAUGACUAUACUUAACAAAAAAACACUUUGAAAAGCCCACAUACGGCGAAGACUCUUUGUUGCCGACGGAAAAAGAAGAAGUCCCGCUCCUAUUAACAUAGGAACUGGAAGUGGAAGGAAAGGAAUUAUCCACGCAUAUUGAUAUGUCUGUUCCAUAAAAAAGUUUUUUUAUUCUUAAUUGAUUGUUUCCGAUUUUCCGGAUCCUACCCCUUUCAAUUUAAAAACAAAAGGGGUCAAUAAAAAAAUCAAGAAAUCUACUAACUUAAAGAUAUUUUUCGAAUUUUAUAUAUUAUCUGGGUCUUUCCAAAAGACUUUAAAUAUUAAAAUAAAGAAGUUACAAUUGGGCAAAUGAUAUGACCAACUUGCUCAUAAAAAGCGAAUUUAGUUAUUAACUAAGAUUUUUCUUAAAAAAAAAUGAAAAUACUCAAUUUCAUUAUUAUUAGAUAACUUUAUAUUCAUUUAUAUUCAUAAAGUAAGGAUAAAAAAUUAAACUCAAAAUAUUACUUGAUUAUGAUCUAAAUGGAUAUGAAUCAUAGGAUUAACCAAGGUAAAAAUUUUGUACUAAUCGCGCUUUUUAGUCAGUUUGUUUCAAAUCAUUAACCAGUUUCAUUAUAAUAAUUAUUAUAUAUAAUAAUAAUAAUUAUAUAAGAUUUUUUUUUUUUUUUUUUCAAAAGAGGGCAAAAUAAAAUCUAAUUUAAUAAAAAAAAAUCACUAAGACUUUUUUUUAACAAAACGUGUAUCUUUUAACAAAUUAAUUACUUUAAUUACUAGUUUGAUUCGAAUUUGAAAAUGGAAAUUGGAAGUAUUCUUUACUCAAGUUUGACCAAUUAAUAGAAAAAAUUAAAGUUUUCAUUAGGCAAUGUUUUUUAAAAGGGUUCUUAAACCCUCGGGUGUAUUUUUUCUGUAUAAAUGAAAGAAAUGUAGAAAAAAAAGACAGAGCUCAAAAAGGAAGAUAUUUUUUAGAUUCUUUGUCUCACCAAAUCAAAUUUCUUCAAAUUUAUAUAGUACAACAGGGGAUUCUAUAGAUAUAGAUGUGAAUUAUAAAGAACACAAAAUAAAGAUACGAAUCAAUUUUAAGUAAGAUUUUGGACGAUUUUUGCAUAUCUUUUAUCUAUAUAUAUUAUUAUCUAGAGAAUAACUCGAUAAUGAAUAGAUUCGUUUUACCAAUAGAUGUCUUUCACAUCCAACUAUAACAAUGAGUAACCUCUCAAUUUUAAAAUGGCAGUUCCAAAAAAACGUACUUCUAUAUCAAAAAAGCGUAUUCGUAAAAAUAUUUGGAAAGGUAAGGGAUCUUGGGCAGCCUUAAAAGCGUUGUCAUUAGGUAAAUCUCUUUCUACCGGAAACUCAAAAAGUUUUUUUGUUCGACAAAAAAAAAAUAAGUCAUAAAAUAAAACAUUGGAAUAAUCUGAAUAGAAAAAUAGGCCCAUUUCAUUCUUAAUAGGAGAUUAACAAACCUAUUGUUUGUGACUAAUCAAUAUGAACUAGAACUCGCUUUGCCGUUAGGAUAUGUAUAAUAAGAAUUCUUUGGUUUAGUAGGGAUUAGUAAAUUAUAACAAGCUUUUGAAAAAAGAAUAAAGACAAGAUACAAAAUUUGAGCCUUUUUAGUCUAUUUUCUUGUUUUGGGGGUGGGGAGUCCUUUUUCCCCAUCAACUUAUUUGUUAUUUGUCACAAUUAAAAUAAUCGAAGUUUUUCUAUAUAUAUAGAUAUGAAGAAGGGUAAAAAAGAGAUCUUUAGUUAAAAUAAAAACAUCGUUGAAACUUAUUUAUUUCUUUUUAUUUUGAAAAUUUUUGUGUAACUUUCCGACUUCUUUUUUAUCUGAAUUUCUCUGAAGUAAUCUAUUAGUUUAUAAUAUAAAAAUUUCCCGUAUAUCUGUUUCUUUCAACUCAACCAACAAAAACCUGAAAUUCUUUGUCCGAAUUAAUGUGUCAGUUUUGAGUAAUAAAAAGGGGUCUUCUUUUUUGUUCAUCGGUUUAAUCUUUACUAAAAAAUUUGUAUUUAGUUGACUCCUUAAAUCUCGACGAUUGAUUACGAAUAGGCUAUUAUGAAUUCGAACAAGCCGCUAUGGUGAAAUCGGUAGACACGCUGCUCUUAGGAAGCAGUGCGAGAGCAUCUCGGUUCGAGUCCGAGUGGCGGCAGACCUUCUUCGAAAAGAGAUACAAUAGAUUAUAAAUUCUAGAAUGAAUUCAAUUCCUGAUUUAUAUUUCAGGAUUCCUCCUUUUUAAAAUUUUGAUGAUUUUAUAUGAUAUUUUCAACUUUAGAGCAUAUAUUAACUCAUAUUUCCUUUUCCAUCGUUUGCAUUGUAAUUACAAUUCAUUUGAUAACUUUAUUAAUCGAUGAAAUCAUAAAACUAAACAAUUCGUCAGAAAAGGGAAUGAUAGCUACUUUUUUAUGUAUAACCGUAUUAUUAGUCACUCGUUGUAUUUAUUCUGGGCAUUUACCACUAAGUGAUUUAUAUGAAUCAUUAAUCUUUCUUUCAUGGAGUUUAUCAUUUAUUCAUAUAGUUCCAUAUUUCAAAAAAAAUAAAAGCCAUUUAAGCACAAUAACUGCGUCAAGUGUUAUUUUUACCCAAGGCUUUGCUACUUCGGGUCUUUUAACUGAAAUACAUCAAUCCGCAAUAUUAGUACCCGCUCUCCAAUCCGAGUGGUUAAUAAUGCACGUAAGUAUGAUGAUAUUGGGCUAUGCAGCUCUUUUAUGUGGAUCAUUAUUAUCAGUAGCACUUCUGGUCCUUACAUUUCGAAAAAACAGAAAUCUUCUUUGUAAGAAGAACCCCCUUUUAUUAAAAUUAACCGAGGAAUUUUCCUUUGGUGAAAUACAAUACAUAAAUGAAAUAAAUAAUAUUUUUGGAAAUGCUUCUUUUUUUUCUGAUAACAAUUAUUACAGGUCCCAAUUGAUUCAACAGUUGGAUUAUUGGAGUUAUCGUGUGAUUAGUCUAGGUUUUAUCUUUUUAACUAUAGGUAUUCUUUCAGGAGCAGUAUGGGCUAAUGAAGCAUGGGGGUCAUAUUGGAAUUGGGACCCAAAGGAAACUUGGGCAUUUAUUACUUGGAUCGUAUUUGCGGUUUAUUUACAUACUAGAACCAAUACAAAUUUACAGGUUGAAAAUUCCGCAAUUGUGGCAUCUAUGGGCUUUCUUAUAAUUUGGAUAUGCUAUUUUGGGGUCAAUCUAUUAGGAAUAGGGCUACAUACUUAUGGUUCAUUUACGUUAACAUCUAAUUGAAUUCAAGAAAGGUUCUUGCGAAUUUUGAAAUAGAAAGUUUUUUGUAUAUAAAAAACUUUAUAUGAACCAAUGAGAACCAUGUGAAUCAAGUAGUGCGAGGAUUCGCAUGGUUCUCACAAAGACCAAACAUGUCGGGUGUAAUUUCUUUUUAACUUAAGAGAGUAAAAAGUAUUCUUUUUUUUAAUUAUCCCAAUCCUAGGAUUUUUUUAUGAAAACUAUCUAUAAACAAAAUUAGAUAAAAGAACCUCGACCUUGUCAACUGAUAGGGAAAGAACAAAAUCAGGGUACAUACCAAUACCUAUUACGGGUAUAAAGAUAGCGAUCGAAACAAAUAACUCUCGUGGUCCAGAAUCAAAAACAUAUGAGUUUGGAGCAUUAAAUAGCUUGUAUCCAUAGAACAUCUGGCGUAACAUAGAUAAUGAAUAAAUAGGAGUUAAUAUAAUUCCAAUUGCCAUUACAAAAGUAAUUCCUAGUUUUGAUAUUAAAAGAUAUUUUUGGCUGGUAAUGAUUCCAAAAAAAACUAUAAAUUCUGCAACAAAACCACUCAUGCCCGGUAAUGCAAGAGAAGCCAUUGAAAAGCUGCUGAACAUCGUGAAUAUUUUUGGCAUUGGGAUAGCUAUUCCACCCAUUUCGUCGAGAUAAACAAGACGUAUUCUAUCAUAACUCGUUCCUGCCAAGAAAAAAAGCGCAGCACCAAUAAAUCCAUGAGAGACUAUUUGUAAAAUGGCUCCAUUGAGUCCCGUAUCGUUUAUAGAACCAAUUCCUAUAAGUAUGAAACCCAUAUGAGAUACAGAGGAAUAGGCUAUUCUUUUUUUUAAAUUACGUUGGCCAAGAGAUGUUGAAGCUGCAUAUAUUAUUUGUAUUGUGCCUACUAUCACCAACCACGGAGAAAAUAUAGAAUGGGCGUGGGAUAAUAAUUCCAUAUUAAUCCGAAUCAACCCAUACGCUCCCAUUUUUAAUAAGAUUCCGGCUAAAAGCAUACAAGUACUGUAAUGUGCUUCUCCAUGGGUAUCUGGUAACCAUGUAUGUAGAGGUAUAAUCGGCGAUUUGACAGCAAAAGCAAUAAAAAAUCCAAUAUAUAAUAUUAUUUCCAACGCCACAGGAUAUGACUGAUUAACUAAUGUUGCAAAGUUUAAUGUCGGCUCAGUAGAACCAUAUAAACCGACACCCAAAACUCCCAUUAAGAGAAAAACGGAACCCCCCGCUGUAUAUAAAAUAAAUUUUGUAGCCGAGUAAAGACGUUUCUUUCCCCCCCACAUGGAUAAAAGUAGAUAAACCGGAAUUAAUUCUAACUCCCACAUGAUGAAAAACAGUAAAAGGUCUCGAGAAGCAAAUAAUCCUAUUUGACCGCUGUACAUUGCUAACAUUAGAAAAUGAAAUAAUCGAGAAUCUCGAGUAACUGGCCAAGCCGCUAAGGUAGCUAAAGUAGUGAUGAAUCCCGUUAGUAAUAUGGGUCCUAUAGAAAGUCCAUCUAUUCCUAAUCUCCAAUGGAAAUCAAAAAAAUCGAUCCAUUUAAAGUCCUCGACUAAUUGGAUUAAUGGAUCAUCCAAUUGAAAGUGAUAACAGAAUGCAUAGGUCGUUAGAAGGAGUUCUAGAAUACAUAUACAUAUAGUAUACCACCUAAUUACUCUAUUUCCUCUAUGGGGAAGAAAUAAAAUUAUGGAGCCUGCGAAUAUUGGCAAAAUUACAAUUAUUGUUAACCAAGGAAAAAAAUUCGUGGUAAAGACAAGAUACGCUUGGACCAGAAAAACCCGUGCUCGAAAAAUAUAUGUUAUUUUGAGCACGGUCGAUAAAAAAAAUCAAAUGGAUUCAAGUAGAGUUUUCUGGAACAUAUCAAUAAGCUAGACCCAUACUACGAGUUGUUUCAUUCCAUAAAGAAACCCGAACACUCAAGAAAUCGGUUGGACAGGCGGAUUCACAUCUCUUACAACCAACACAAUCUUCUGUUCUUGGAGCAGAAGCAAUUUGUUUAGCUUUACAUCCGUCCCAGGGUAUCAUUUCUAAUACGUCAGUGGGGCAGGCUCGGACACAUUGAGUGCACCCUAUACAUGUAUCAUAAAUCUUUACUGAAUGUGACAUUUGAUUUAUAUAUUUUUGAAUAUCAUAAAGUUUCGAUAUAGUAAACUUAUAAAUAAAGGGUAUAUUUAGAUACUAGACGAAUCAAUGAAUUAUCAGAAAAAUUCUAAUCAACUUCUGUAGUGGCUCAUGAGAGAGGGCUAAAAUACUUUGAUUUCUUCUAUUUGUGUAAACAUGAUUAAACCCCACGUAGCAGACAUGCUGAUUUUAAUUUCUUUAUGAAUAGAAUUCUUAAUAAAAUCUUUGGAUUUUUAUGAUUAAUACUACUUAUUCAACAAGUUUGAUUGAUUGAUACGAGUUGAUUUUCUGUUACGAUAAAUUGAUGAAACAAUAGCUAGUCCAAUAGCUGCUUCAGCGGCUGCAAUAGCUAUAACAAAAAUAGAGAAAAUUGAUCCUUUUAAUUGACGACUAUCAAAAAAAUCAGAAAAUGUUACAAAAUUGAUAUUAACUGCAUUCAAAAUAAGUUCAAGACACAUAAGGGCCCUAACCAUAUUUCGACUCGUAAUCAAUCCAUAAAGACCAACAGAAAAUAAAUAGGCACUCAAAACAAGUACAUGUUCGAGCAUCAUUAAAAAACUCCUUAUCAAUAUCGAUUCAUUUCAAUAUGAACAAAAAUUCAACCGAUUUCAUUGAAUAUAAUAUAACAAAUACAAAACAAAAUAAUUUAUUAGUAAUAGAUCGAACUAAAAGAAUUCUCUUUGAUAUAUUAAAAAAAAAAAAAGAAGGGAAAUUAAUGUGAUAACCCCCAACAAAGUUUGAUUUGUAUUCCGAAUUCGAAAGAUUUAUUAUUGACGAGCUACAGUAAUCGCACCUAUUAACGAAACUAAAAGAAUUAUUGAAAUAAGUUCAAAUGGAAGAAAAAAAUCUGUUGAUAAAUGAAUCCCAAUUUGUUGACUAUUACUUAUCAAAUCUUGCUCUACAAUCUGGUUUGAUUUUGUAGUCCAAAUAAUCCCGUACCAUGACGUAUCUGGAAUAGUAGUAAUUAGUGAAACAAAAAUACUUGUACAAACCAUCGACGUAACUCCGUCCCCAACGGUCCAAAGAUGAAAAUCUUUGUAAUAUUCGGAACCAUUCAUGAACAUUACAGCAAAAAUGAUUAAAACAUUUAUAGCUCCUACGUAAAUAAGAAGUUGCGCAGCAGCUACAAAAUGGGAGUUUGAUAGAAUAUAGAAUAAGGAUGUACAAACAAGAACCAAUCCUAAUGAAAAGGCAGAAUAAAUUGGAUUGGGGAGUAAUACCACUCCCAGACCUCCUAAUAUAAGACCCGAUCCCAGAAAGACUAAAAGAAAAUCAUGUAUUGGUCCGGGUAAAUCCAUUAUAUAUAUAAAUAGAUAAAUAAAUCGAAAUCUUUCAUAACUUUAAUUGACCUGGCCAGGAAAAAAGAAAUCAUUUUAUCAUACUUCUUCAUUAUUAAUUCAUUAUUAAUUGAAUUUAAUUUGAACAGAUGUGGAUUUAUCUAGAUAUAGUUAUUGCACCUAUUUCGUUCUUUAUCCGAAAGAAUUUUAAAAACUAUAUAUUAAUUUCAAAUCAAAUCAAAAAUUUACCACGAUUCUCACUAACAAAACCAAUCAAUCAAUAGUUUGGAGUUGUAGUUAUUCACCAAGCAAGAGCCUCAUUCUUUUCUUUUACAUCAAAAUGGAGUCUUAUUAAUUGGGAGUUGCUCUCUUUUUUAUUUCAUAGGCAAAUUCAAAAUUGUUCGAGUCGUGUAAUCAUUAAUUAUUGACAUUGGUAAACGCCCUAAAGCAAUUUGAUUAUAAUUCAAUUCGUGGCGAUCAUAUGUAGAAAGUUCAUAUUCUUCAGUCAUUGAUAAACAAUUUGUUGGACAAUACUCAACGCAAUUACCACAAAAUAUACAGAUUCCGAAAUCAAUACUGUAAUUAAGCAAUCGUUUCUUUCUAAUAUCCUUUUCCAAUUUCCAAUCUACAACAGGUAGAUCUAUAGGACAUACACGAACACAUACUUCACAAGCAAUGCAUUUAUCAAAUUCAAAGUGGAUUCGGCCGCGGAAACGCUCCGAUGUAAUCAAUUUUUCGUAGGGAUAUUGAAUAGUUACAGGUAAACGACUCGCAUGUGAUAAAGUAAUCAUGAAACCUUGGCCGAUGUACCUUGCAGCUCGUACUGUUUGUUGACUAUAAUUCAUGAACUCAGUUACCAUAGAAAACAUAUUGUGAAUAUCUAUAAAAAAUUUUAUGCUUGUUUUGUUUCUUUCUCUUGUUCUUGUUUGAGACAAGUCGUGAAGAUAGAAUAUCAUAGUCUUUUACAGUGAAAGAAGUUGGGAAGAAGUUGUUAAUAAUAGAUUGCCGAGAGAUAUAGGUAAAAGAAAUUUCCACCCAAGAUUUAAGAGUUGGUCCAUUCUUAGCCUUGGUAAAGUCCAUCUUGUUGUGAUAGCAAUGAAUAAGAACAAAUAAGUUUUAGCCAAUGUAAUAAAGAUACCAAUUAUUGUUCCAAAGACUCUACCCGCUUUAUUUAUUUCAAAAAAAAAAGGAAGGGCUAUGUGCGGAAGAGAAAGAUUCCAACCCCCUAAGUAAAGAACCGUUACAAAUAAUGAAGAAACUAGUAAAUUCAGAUACGAAGCAACGUAAAAUAAACCAAAUUUUAUACCUGAAUAUUCGGUUUGAUAACCUGCUACCAAUUCUUCUUCUGCUUCUGGUAAAUCAAAAGGUAAUCUUUCACACUCGGCUAAGGACGAAAUUAGAAAAACUAUAAACCCUAUAGGUUGACGCCACAAAUUCCACCCCCAAAAACCAUAUUUUGACUGCGCUUCAACUAUAUCAACUGUACUUGAACUGUUAGAUAAUUAUAGUCGACGAUAACAUUACUGUUCACAACGCUAUUACAGAACCGUACAUGAGAUUGUCAUCUCAUACGGCUCCUCAAAGGUCAAAAAUAAAUCUAAGACCCAUUUACUAUUAUUUAUCUUGAAUUUUUUAUCUUGAUAUGUUUGUAGGAUAGAAUCCAAAUCUAUUACAAGGUCCCCAAUUAGACAAUGGAAUUCUGUCUGCUAUAUAUUAUUUUUUAUUAUAAAGUGCUUCUGAAUUGAUCUUAUCUUUUAAAAAUUGAAAAUUUUUUUGUUGAGUAAUAACUUAACCUUUAAAUAAAAAGUUUUUUAUAGAAAUCUCAAUAAAUAUUUCAACCUAGCAUUUUUGAUUACAAAAAAAUGAUACAUUGCAUUAGUUCACGAAACAUUAAGAAUUAUAUCUCUCUAAAAAAUAUCUUUUUUUAGAGUGCAAUUGAAUUCUUUCGAGUUUAUUUUUUUGUUCCUAUUCUCCUUUCUCAUAAAAAGGUACUUAAACAAAGGAAAGUAAAGGAUUACUUCGUUCUUGAUAGUUAUUUCUUUAAUCGGUGGAUAGGAACAUACUCUGGAUCGGAAUCUGGGGAGUACUCCUUCAUAAUUUCUACCAACAUAAAGCCCCAAUUAUAAUCCCUUUUAUGCUCUAUGCAGUAUGCACAUA